AUGUGGAUGGUCCUCUGCCUGGGAACUGCUUGCCUCUAUGCAGGUGGAGCUUUGCUGUUUGCCCUUCUAGCCCGGCUUCUUUACGUGACUUUCUUUCGGAAGAAAGCCUACGAGCUGACAGGCCUCUGCUGCGCCGUCACGGGGGCAUCGGAUGGUCUUGGCGUGUACAUAGCAACCGCGCUGGCGGCAGAGAAGGUUAAGAAGCUGGUUCUCGGAGCUCGCAGAGAGGAGAAGCUGCAGGAGGUGAAGGCAGAUCUCAUGAAGCGUUUUCCAAGUUUGGAGGUUCUCACGGUCAAGCUGGAUGUAACAGACAGCCACAGCCGCAGCGAGUUCCUCCGAAAGGCGAUGGCCUUUGGACCCUGCCAGGUCCUGAUCAACAACGCCGGUGUUGACAGGAAUGCCUUCUUCGACGCGAUGUCAGACAAUGAUAUGGAUGCCAUGCUACAGACGAAUCUUGUUGGCACGAUACACCUGACGAAGAUUUUCCUGCAAGAGAUGAUGAAGGGCCAGCGCGGCCACGUGGUCAACAUCUCUUCCAUCUCUGCCAAGUUCGCGGUUCCUUUCGGCAGCAUCUACGGCGCAUCAAAGGCUGCUUUGUCUUCGCUUACUGCCUCGCUUCGACUCGAGAUGAUCCUCGAGAAGAAACCCGUUACUUUCCACUGUGUCUCUCCGGGAUUGGUCGUCGAUGCCGGCAUGGCCGCGAAAACCUCGGACAAACUUGGAGUGUCCGUCAGACGAGCAGGAGGAUUUGUUGGAUGGACUACACCGGAGAAAGUUGCCGAUGCUGUCGUCCGGGCGAUUCAGUAUGACGAAGCAGACAUUGUGGUCAACUCGGUGCCGGUGCAGGUUGCGUGGGCCGUCGCUGCUUUCUUCCCCAAAGUCUGGGAGAUCUCAAUCCCGUUCCUGUCUGCCCUGGGCUUGGACGGCGUGGUUAAGCACUUCCGAAAUGAUGCGGGUGGCUUUCUGGAUCAGAGGCCUUUGCUUGUCGACGCUUUAAGGAGUCCUGACUUACAGGAGGCCGUGGUGAGCACCGUGCACGACAUUCUGGCUUGCCAUGUGCCAGAAGAAUCCCCAGACGCAGCGAAGCAUGGCUUCGUGCAAGCUGGUCGAAUAAUCUUGAAGGCUCUUCUCGAUCCUCUGGCUCUGGGCAUGGGCUGGGAUGCAGCAGUCAAGCGACGGUGCGUGAUGACACUUGCCGCCAUCACAAAAGAACUGCUACAGCGGGCCAAGCACUGCCAGCCACAAGAGGUUGAUGGUGCUUCGCUCGAGGCCGGUCCAGAUCCCGAAGUGCAGGCGUUGUUGGAAACCUACGCCCGCCUUCUCGUGCACAGCCUUGAGGUCUCGUCUGAGCUACAUGAAGGGCUUCUUCAGUGCCUCGUUCAGCUGGCAAACGACGAGGCAGGGAGAGCCGGGCUUCUUCCCCGAGCCCGAGAACUGGCGGAACUGUGCGCGUCCCACCUUUUGCAGACUCCGUCAGCGCAGCCACUCUAUGUUCGGCAGGCUAAGGCCGAGUUGGCAACCUCGGAAUCACCACAGCGGACCCAUCGAGCCAGGGAAUUGACACGUGAACUCGCAAUGGUCUGCUGCCUGCUCUUGCAGCGAUUAGCACAAGAGCUGUUGGUUGAGGCAGGCGCAGCAGAAGGUGAGGAGGCCGCGAAGGAGACAUCAGAGGAGCCGUCACUGGAGCCCCUUCGAGAACAGGUUCUCACAUCCUUGCACCGUGAUAAUCUGAAUCUUCAUCGCCUAACCCGUGGACACGAGCCACUACGGCGAGCCAUCGCCGCGGCUCACCAGGCAUGGGAAGCGGAAGUGGGAGCCGAGGUAGCGCGGCCGCCGCCAAAGCCUCGUCAUCGAGGCAUGAAGUCAGCCUUGGCUAUGAGAGAACUGCUGGAGGAGCAAGAGCAGAAAAAGAGGCCGGGACGAUCGCAACCCCGCAAACCUGCCAAAGAUGCAGAUGGGGCUGUGCGAAAGGAUGCUCAGGCGCCAGCGGAGCCGCUGGAGCCGCCGGAACCUCCGGAGCCAGGACCAGGGCGGCCAGGGCGGCCAGGGCGGCCAGAUGGCACUGCCUCAGUCGCCAGCGAUGGCGCGUGCAGCACAGGUGUAGCAGAUGGCGUAGCAGCCGGGGAAGAACAGGACUACGACGUGGCAUCGUACUGCAGUCAUGUCAGCGAGGCCUCAUUUUGGUUGGCAUGUGGGCGUCCGCAGCAACUUCUCCGCUCAAAAGCCGGCUGUCAUCAAGAACGUGCGGUGCGACGCACCAUGGCAACAACACGCUAUGCCGAUGUUGAGAGCCAGCUUCAGGGCGUUAGUGCGCAGCAGGUACGGCUGGGCUUUGUGCGAAAAGUUUAUGGCAUCGUCUGCGCUCAGGUGAUGUUCACUGCGUUGUUCGGAGCUCUUUGCUGCUGGGGGCCGCUGAAUGCUCCCAUCCUGCGUCUGGCGACGAGCAGUCCUCGCCUCCUGCAGUGGGGAACGCUUAUUGCCAGCUUGGUGGCAUUGGCGAUGUGCCAACUGGGAAAGGACCGCUAUCCUAUCAACAUGCUGGGCCUGUGCUUCCUCACGGCAGUCAUGUCGCUGGAUGUCGGGGUUGUCUGUGCGAUGGUGGCGGCCAUCGGACUAGGCGAGCUGGUGGUGCAGGCGGCGGUGAUUACUUCCUUGCUGACACUGGGCUUGACCUUGUACACAUUCAAGUCGAAGCGAGACUUCUCCUUUCUGGGAGCUGCUCUCUGGCCUUUGCUGUUCGGACUCGUCGUCUUCAGCCUCCUUAGCGUGUUCUUUCCAUCGCUGCAGAUGGGAUGGACAGGCCUGCUCUUCUCCUUUGCAGGCGCUGGCAUCUUCUGUGCCUACAUCGUGUUUGACACGUGGCGAAUCCUCAACCAGAUGAACUGCGACGAUUAUGUCCAAGGUGCCAUCCAGCUGUAUUUGGAUAUCGUCAACCUGUUCUUGUGUACAGUAGCGCUGUUGAUGAAGCUGGAGUGCUGCGAGGCCGACGAUGCAUCCCUCACAGCUCGAGGAGGAUGUGAGGCUGCAAAAUCGAUCACCGUCGAUCACGUCAACAUCCUGGCACUUCGAGGCUGCUCCGACGCCGACCUGCGAUGCGAGCGGUGCGGCGAGUGGAUGUUCAGACGACGGCUGCUGGACCGGUUCCCAGGCAUGCUAAGUCUCUGCAUGCUCACAUGGAUUGAAAUUCGGAAGGCUGGGCGCAUGUCUCCACCGAAGGCUUCGAAAUCAAAAGAUCCGCCCAGAGAAGCAAAAAAAGAUGCACCAGUCAAGACGGCCAAAGACGCCGCCACAGAGGUGACUCCAGAUGCCUUGAUGGCAGAGCCGGGUUUCACGCCCGAGGUGUGUCCAAGGUCACACAGUCUGGGGCAUGAGGACUGCCCGGUGCUGGCGGGCGUUUUCGAUUACUUGGCCGCUGGCCGUGUGGAGCUGGCCAUGCAGUGCAUCUUCAGCUUGGGAAACGAACAGACACUCCGUGCAGUUCUGCAGCGGCUGGACUCGGAUGCGGUGUGGCCAGAGCUGCCCAAGCCGGAGGCGCAACAUUUGGCACGGCUGCUGGUGGCGCUGGUGUGCCGUGACCCCUUCAGCUCUGCAGCAAGCGAGGCCUGCCCAUGGCUUGAAGCCUUACUCCGCAGGCCGCAUGGUGAGAACCUGCUCCCGGCAGAGGAGCUCCUCUCACUGCAAGGUGCGCUCUUCAGCGCCUCAGCGGUGGGUGGCGACGUGGGCCCAUGCGCCGCCCGCCUCUACUUCCAGCUCUUCCAGCGUCAGGUCCAGGCAUCAGCUUCCUGCCCCCAGCUGAUGUUCUCAAGCUCGAGAGCUUCGGCCGUGCCAGUUAUACUGCCACAGUGCUUAUGGAUUGGGAAUGGCGGUGGGCGAGAAGAUAUUCGGUUCGUAGAGGAUGGCGGAUUCGACGGGGCGUACACCUACUUUGCUGCCGAGGGCUUCACACCAGGAUCUAACACAAAAAGCUGGAAAGACACUGCAGCGAGACUCAAGAAGCUUGGUAAGCUUUUUGUGCCGUCAGUUGGUCCCGGGUACGAUGACACGCGGGUCAGACCCUGGAAUUCGCACAACAUUCGAGAAAGGAAGGGCGGGGAGUACUACAGCCGCAUGUGGUCUGCAGCCGUGGGCAGUCGGCCCUAUGCUGUAUCAGUCACUUCCUACAAUGAGUGGGGCGAGGGCACGCAGAUCGAGCCGGCGAAGCGCCAUCGAUCGUGGAAAGGAGCAAAGUACGGCAGCUACGAGCCGAAGCCGAGCACCUUCUACUUGACGGAGACCAAGCGAUGGUCAGACCAGUUCAAGGCUGCACUCUAA